AAGGCGUUCGCUACGAGUUUCCGGACAAAAGCAGAACGUUUAUUACCAAACAGAUAUUUUUGCCUCUCCGAUUAUUAUACCCAAAAAAAAUCGUUUUAGGUUUCUGUUCUUGUGGAUUCUCUCCCUGCCGUUGAAGAAAUAUCUAUCCAGAAAGAAAAUGGCGACUUCUUCUCUUUCAGCGUCAACAAUUCCUUCAUUGAAUACUCGCAACUCCACUUCUAAUUACUCUUCCAAAUUAUCUUCGUUUUCUUCUCUCCAGUUUCCAGCACAGCUUCAUCGACUUCAGUUUCGGAACAGAGGGGUUUCCUCCCACUCCAGGCAGCGAAAUUUGCCCCUGGUUGCAGCAAAGAAGCAAACUUUUUCCACCUUUGAUGAGUUGCUACAGAAUUCUGACAAACCCGUGUUGGUUGACUUUUAUGCAACCUGGUGCGGUCCUUGUCAAUUUAUGGCCCCAAUUCUCGAUGAAGUUGGUGCUGUCCUGAAAGACACGGUUCAGGUGGUGAAAAUCGACACUGAGAAAUAUCCCAGCAUUGCUGAUAAAUACAAAAUAGCGGCCUUGCCGACUUUUAUCAUAUUCAAGGAUGCAAAGCCAUAUGAUCGAUUUGAGGGUGCUUUGACUAAAGAUCAGCUCAUCCAGCGUGUUGAAAGUUCACUGAAUGUCAAGCAAUAGCAGCCACCAGCUUGUUUGUAUCCCUUUUUAUCGUCUUUCCAUAUUAUGUUAUGAAACUCCAGGCGAAUAAAUCUCUCUCUCUCUCUCAUGUUAUUCAGCUCCCAGUUCAAAGAUCAAUACAAUGAGAAGCCAUUAUAUUUGGAUUUUUUACGGCUA